AUGGAAUUUCCAUUUCUGCGAGCAUUUGUUGCUCUUUUUAUCUACCGAUACUUUCGUCUGGUGGUAAAUUUGGUUUCUUUCUGGACUUUCAAGCCCAUUCCUCUUCCCGAGAACCCGGAGCUCACUGCCCAAGAUGUCACGGUGAUACUUCCUACGCUAGAAGGGUGCGGCGAUGAACUUGUGGAGACGAUAAGGACAAUUCUCGAUAAUCAUCCCUUCGAACUAUUGCUGGUCACGAUCGAGGCGAAUAGAAAGAAGGCCGAACACAUGCUGAGCUUGAUGCCUGCUUCAAAGUCCAAAAUUCGUCUGUUUACAGUGACGCACCCGAACAAACGCCGCCAGAUGACACGAGCAAUCCCAGAGGUACGCACGGAAAUCACCGUCUUUGCAGAUGACGAUGUGAGUUGGCCACGCACAGUACUUCCUUGGAUCCUGGCGCCUUUCGAGAAGGAUGAGCGGUUCGGUGGUGUGGUCACCUGCCAACGGCUGCGCCGUGCUAUUGCACCCACCAUGUCCCAGCGCAUCUGGGGAUAUCUUGGGGCCUUGUAUCUCGAACGACGAAACUUUGAUUGCGCAGCCACCACGCACAUAGAUGGAGGGUUGCCCUGCAUGUCCGGACGCACAGUCGCGUAUAGGACCAAGAUUCUUCAAGAUGAAGGAUUUACAUACGCUUUCACAAACGAGGAAUGGUGGUUUGGCAAAUAUCAAUUAAACGCAGACGACGAUAACUUCAUCACUCGCUGGAUGGUCUCUCAUGGCUGGGAGACUUACAUGCAGUACCACCCUGAGGCCGAGGUCUUGACCACUCUGGAGAAUAACCCGAAGUUCCUGAAACAAUGUGCACGCUGGUCUCGAAGCAAUUGGCGGAGCAACCUUACAAGCAUGUUUCAUGAAAAACACGUUUGGUACCGCCAACCUUGGAGUGCAUAUGCUGUUCACUUGACGACACUCUCGCCCCCAGCGCUGUUGGGUGACUUGCUUCUCCUCUUGUUGUGCCACAAAGCCACGGUAGAUUGGGACAUUUAUGCUCAUACAAUGGCUAUGCAAAUACUCGGAGCUUGGAUGCUCAUGAGCAAGUUUAUCAAGCUUCUGGGGCACUACAUUCGAUAUCCCGUGGACUUCGUUUUGCUGCCGGUGUCAAUACUCUUUGGCUAUUUCCACGGGGGAAUCAAAAUCUACGCCGUGCUCACUCUCAAUGUGACUGCAUGGGGUAGCAGAGAUGGCGCUGACGAUUACGACGCCGAACGUAUGAAGAAGCGAACAGAUAUAGAUCGCAUGAAACGGCCAUAUUACCCAAAAUUUAUCACGCAAUAA